CAGGGAGUGCGCGCGGGGCCGGGAGGGCGAGGUCCCGGAAGCGCUGCCGGGGGAGCGGCGGCCGGCGGGGCCGGUGCGGUAGCAGAGCGCGGCCACCGCCCCGCCGUAGGCGCGCCAGGCCAGGCGGACGCCCAGCAGGCUGAUGCCCAGCCAGAGCAGCAGCAGCUGGCACAGCGCGGCCCGCACGUCCUGCGCCGCCCACUCGGCCGCCAGCUCCCGGCCUAGCGCGGCCAGCGCCCGCCACGGCGGCUGCCAGCCCGCCGCCACCGCCGCCAUGGCCGCGGGAACCGGGGCGAGGCUGCCGGAGGGGGCGGAGCCUCUGCCCGCCCUCGGUGCCGCCGCAGCGCGGACCCCGGGGGCGUGGCCUCCUCGUGCUGUGGGGCGCGGUCUCGGGGGCGGGGCCUCGGAACGCGGUUUGGGGGCGUGGCCUGCGCCGUCCCCUCCGCCACCCUGCGCCGUCGGGGCGGGGCCUUGCGGGCUUGGCUCCUCCCCGGGGCGGGGCCGGUCGGUGGGUGGGGCCGUCAUGGCGGGAAGCGAAGAGGAGCCGCGGUACUCGCGGCAGCUGUAUGUGCUGGGCGGCGGCGCGCGGCGGCUGCCCGGGUCGGCGGUGCUGGUGUCGGGGCUGCGCGGGACCGGAGCGCAGGUGGCGACGGCGCUGGUGCUGGCGGGGACCGGGCGCGUCGUCCUGCACGACUGCGGUGCCGUCUGCACCGCCGACCGCACCCACCAGUUCCUCCUGGAAGAGAGUGAUCUAGGCCAGAACCGUGCCAAGGCAUCCCAGCGAGCCCUGGCUGAGCUGAACCCCCGUGUGGUGGUCGAGGCUCACGUCGGGGAGCUGUCGGAGGCCUUCCUUGCCUCCUUCCAGGUGGUGGUGCUGACUGAGUCCCCGCUGGAGGAGCAGCUCCGCGUCGGGGACUUCUGCCAUGCCCAGGGCAUCUGCUUCAUCGUGGCUGACACCAAGGGGCUGGCAGGACAGCUGUUCUGUGACUUUGGGGAGCACUUUGUCGUUGAUGACCCAGCAGAAGGGGAUCCAGUGUCUGCUGCUGUGGAGCACAUCUCCCAGGGCAACCCAGGAGUGGUGACAUGCAUGGGGACAGAGAACAGCCAUGGCCACCUCUUCCACGACGGUGACCUGGUGACGUUUUCUGGUGUGCAGGGGAUGACGGAGCUGAACGGCCAGGAGCCCGUCCCUGUGCGUGUGCUCGAUGCCUUCAGGCUGGAGAUCAGUGACACCAGCUCCUUCUCGCCCUACCGCUGUGGGGGUCUGGUUUCACAGGUGCAGCAGCCCCAGGAGUGUUCCCACAAGCCCCUGUGCCGGGCACUGGAGGAGCCCAAAAUCCAGGUGGCAAGUCCCGAGGAUCUGCCACGCAGCCGCAGCCUGCACGCCGCCUUCCGAGCCCUCCACGCUUUCCGCAGGGAGCGGGGCCGCCUGCCGCGGCCCAGGGCACCCGCCGAUGCCGAGCGGGUGCUGGAGCUGGCGCGGAGCCUGGCAGCGCAGCCGGGUCCCCUGGAUGAGGACAUCGUGCGCGCCUUCGCCAGCGUGAGCGCGGGGGACCUGUGCCCCGUGGCCGCCGUGCUCGGGGCGCUGGCGGCCCAGGAGGUGCUGAAGGCCAUCACUGGGAAGUUCCUGCCCCUGGACCAGUGGCUGUACUUCGAUGCCCUGGAGUGCCUGGCGCUGGCGGGGGCCGCGCAGCUGACAGAGACGGACUGUGCCCCGAGAGGCUCUCGCUACGAUGGCCAGAUUGCCGUCUUCGGGGCCGGUUUCCAGGAGGAGCUGCGUCACCAGAAGUACCUGGUGGUGGGAGCUGGUGCCAUUGGCUGCGAGCUGCUGAAAAACUUUGCCAUGAUGGGACUGGCGGCGGGGCCGGAUGGGGAGCUCAUCGUCACUGACAUGGACACUGUUGCCCUCUCCAACCUCCAUCGUCAGCUUCUCUAUCGCUCAGCAGAUAUAUCAGAGCCAAAGUCGGUGGUGGCCGCAGCAGCCGUGCAGCGUAUGAACCCUGAUGUCAGAGUGACAGCUCACCAGAACCAGGUGGGGCCUGCUACCGAGAUGCUCUACAAGGACAACUUCUUCCGGCACCUGGAUGGCGUUGCCAGCGCCCUGGACACGAUAGAGGCCCGCACCUAUUUGGAGAGACGCUGUCUCCGCUGUCGCACACCUCUGCUGGACUCGGGCACGGAGGGGACACGGGGCAACGUGCUGGCCAUGGUACCGUCCCUGACCGAGCCUCUGGGACCAGCCAGCACCCCCAGGGAUGGCAGCUUCCCCAUCUGUACCCUGAGGCACUUCCCCCGCACCAUCCAGCACACACUGCAGUGGGCCCGUGAUGAGUUUGAGGGGCUUUUCCAGCUACCUGCAGAACAAGUCAACCAGUUCAUGGAGGACCCGGCCUUCCUGGAGCAGCAGCCGCCCGGGAAGGCCCUGGAGCAGGUGCGGGAGAGCCUGCGGGAGCGGCCGCGGGACUGGCAGGACUGUGUGCGCUGGGCACGCCGGCGCUGGCAGCGCUGCUACCAUGAUGCCAUCGCCCAGCUGCUGCACAUCUACCCCCCAGAGCAUGAAACCAGCCCGGGGGUCCCCUUCUGGGCAGGGGACAGGAGCUGUCCCCAUCCACUGACUUUCAACCCUGACAAUGACACCCACCUGGAUUAUAUCCUGGCUGCUGCCCACCUCUUUGCCCAAGUACACAGGGUGCCACCAUGCAGGGACCGGGCGGCCAUCCAGGCCAUCCUCUGUGAUGUGGUCCUGCCACCUUUUGCACCCCAGGAAGGCCUCCAGAUCCCCCUCACAGAGGAACCCACAGAGGAGGCACAAGUUCCCACAGAUCACAGGCAGCUGACAGAGCUUACCCAGGACCUGGUGCAGUGGAGACAGGAGCUGGUGGGAGAUGAGGACACACAAGCACCCUUGAUGAAGCCCAUCCACUUUGAGAAGGACAACGAUGUCCACAUAGACUUCAUCACAGCAGCGUCCAACCUGCGUGCAGAGAACUAUGGCAUCUCCCCUGCCAACUGGCUGACGAGCAAGCGCAUUGCUGGGCGGAUCGUGCCCGCCAUCAUCACCACCACGGCAGCCGUGGCCGGGCUGGCGUGCCUGGAGGUCUACAAGCUGGUGUGGGGGUGCCAGGACCUCAGCUGCUACCGCAACAGCAACAUCAGCCUGUCUGCCUGCCUGAUGCUCCGUGUGCAGCCCCCGCCAGCCCCCACCUACCGGUACGGCGGGCGGGAGUGGAGCUGCUGGGACCGGCUGGAGAUGCGGGCAGUCGGCGCAGAUGGGCAGGCGAUGAAGGUGCAGGAGGUGCUGGACUGGCUGCAGAGCACACAUGGCUGGACCGUGACCAUGCUCCUGUGUGGUGACAUCGUGCUCUAUGACAGCAAGGCAGAUGCAGAGACACGGGCCUGGCAGCAGGCGCAGAGGUUAUCCAAGAGCUUGGAGGAUGCUGGGAUGCCACAGCAGCAGGACCUGGAGCUGCUGUAUAUCUGCGAGGGAGAGGAUGCUGAGGCUGAAGAUACCCGUCCCCCUCUCCUGUGCUCCCUACCUUGAGCAAGGGGCCAGCAUCUCCUGCCCCGUGCAAUAAAAGCUGCAGGCUGCAAUACCCUCCUUGCAAAACCCCCCUGCUUGCCCCUGCCUGGAGUCGGGCCACAGG